UACUGCCUCCACCAACCCGCCACGCCGCCGCCAGUCGGCCACCUCCUCCAGUCCUCUGGUGCCUUCCCGCACGCCGCCGCAAAGGAAAUCGAAACAAUCCGGACGGAAAUUUGUAAGAUCUAAUUUGAGAUCCAAAUUGAGAUGGAGGGUUUGAAUAUUUGAGAUCCCUGACUCCCGUCUAUCUAAGAUCGACUGAAGAUGAAACUCCAAGCCCGGCCAUUGUUUCCGAACCUCCAGAUUGCAUUAUUAUUGUUCUUUCUCCUCACUAUCACGGCCACACUUUUUGGAUUUGGGCACGGCUCAAAUCAUAAAAAUGAUGAUGGUCAAGUUGGGAGGUUAAUGUCCUUGCGCCAUGCAAAAAUGUACCCUCACGGCGGCCGCCGUGUUCCGCCACGGACAGAAGAAGAAAGGUACAACGUGGAAGAUAUAAUAACGGAGUCACUGCCCGAAGUCGACGAGGGAAGCGUGACGGCGGAUGAUGAUCUGAUCGCCGGUGGCCUCCCCGGACAGCCGCCGGCGUCGAGUGCCAAGUUCAACCAGUAUGCAGGGUACGUGAAUGUAGACAAAAGGAAUGGCAGAAGCCUCUUCUAUUACUUUGCGGAAUCUGCUGACACUCCUUCCAAAAAACCUCUCAUUCUGUGGCUUAAUGGAGGACCGGGUUGCUCAUCACUUGGGCUGGGUGCCUUUGUAGAGGUUGGACCUUUUGGCGUUAACCCAGAUGGCAAAACAUUAUACUCAAGAAGAUUUGCAUGGAAUAGAGUUGCAAAUAUGUUAUUUCUGGAGUCGCCGGCCUCAGUUGGUUUCUCAUAUUCCAAUACUACAUCCGAUUAUGCUAAAUCGGGAGACAAUAGGACCGCUCAAGAUUCACUCAACUUCUUACUAAGUUGGUUUGAGAGAUACCCACAUUACAAGUCUAGUGAUUUUUACAUUGCCGGCGAAAGCUAUGCAGGGUUCUACAUCCCAGAGCUUGCCGAUUUGAUCAUAAACACCAGUAAAAUGUCUCACUCAAGAACCCUUAAGAUCCCUCUCAAGGGAAUUAUGAUUGGGAAUGGGAUAAUGAAUGACGCCACGGACGAAAGAGGAUUGUACGACUAUCUCUGGAGUCACGCCUUGAUUUCGGACGAAACGCACCGAGGGGUGUUCGAAGACUGCUUUUCGAUGACCAAAAGGGGGAUGAAAUGUUAUGAAUUUCAAUAUUCUGCGGUCAAAGAGACGGGUAGCAUAGAUUAUUAUAACAUCUAUGCCCCGUUGUGCUCCUCCAACAAUUCGCGGCACACACAGAAAAAUAAUGUCGCGGCCGGGGGGUUUGACCCUUGUGAGAGUGACUAUGUGCAUGCCUACCUUAAUCUCCCCGACGUCCAGAAGGCCAUGCAUGCCAACACCACCAAGCUUAAUUACACUUGGGAACUCUGCAGUGAUGAGAUCACAAGUUGGACAGAUUCACCAUUAACAAUGUUUCCAAUCUAUAAGAGGUUAUUCAAAACCGGCCUCCGAAUACUUCUUUAUAGUGGCGACAUAGACGCGGUGGUGCCGGUGACCGGAACCCGGUAUUCCAUAAAUGCUAUGAACUUGACUGUGGUAAAGCCAUGGCAUCCAUGGCAAGAUGGUACACAAGAAGUUGGUGGGUACAUAGUGGGGUACGAGGGUAUAACGUUCGCGACGCCCGCCUCCCUCUCUCUCGGCCGAACAGCUCACGACCGCCGGUCUCUCUCACCGGCGACCCUCGGCGGCUCACCCUCUCCCUCGGCGUACCUCUCUCCCUCGGCAGUCUCCUCCUCUCCUCAGCCGGCCACCAUGUCCGAGAAAACACCCGUCACCGGCGCACCAUCAUCUUCACCGACUCCCCACUUGGCUUUCACGACCAUCUCCAACGUGAAGCUCCAUGUUCCGAUCCUUCUCAGCUUCUCCGAGCCCAACUACAAAAAGUGGAGUCGGCUCUUUCUUCUUCUCCUCCGCCGGUUCUCACUUAGUGAUUUUCUCACCGGCAAGUCUACUCCGUCUAGCGCCGACGACUCCGAGUGGUUUCAACUCGACGCCCUCAUUCAAGGAUGGAUACUAUCUACGGUGAAUGACGAAGUUUGCGAUCUUGUCCUCUCCACCACCAAUUCGGCUUCGGAGUUAUGGCAAACAAUCUACAAUCUUUUCCACGACAACAAGGCGGCCCGAGCCAUGCAACUUGAGCACCAAUUCCGCACUACAACGAAGGGCUCACUCUCCAUGGUCGUCUAUUGCCAAACCCUACGGAAUCUAGCCGAUUGGUUGGACGACGUUGAUGCCACCGUCUCCGAGCAACAACUAGUUCUACAGAUUUGGGGGUUGGCGGCAUCGGAGGGGACGGUGGGACAGCCUUGUACGCGGGCAGUGGCGGCUCCAGCGGUGGCGGACCUCGACGUUACGGCAGCGCUGGCGGGGGCCGCGCAGAUUCCAGCGGCGGGGGCAGUUCUCGACAGCCGCAGCACCACCGGCAGCGUGGUGGACAGCAGCGGGGUCGUGGUCGCGGCCAAAGCUCCAGGUCAAAUGCACGUCACACCCUCGGGCAGCCCUCCAGACAGUUCACCCACCCAAACUCUACCCCGGGCCUUCUCGGUCCUCGCCCUAACCCCCACCCNUCCCGUCGCCCACACCGCCGGUGCCAACCCCCCUUCCCCCACAGCUUUAGCCCACUACUUUGACACCCUCACCCUCCGCGAUCCAAACUGGUACAUGGACACCGACGCCACCCACCACAUCGCCUCGGACCCAGGAUAUGCUGACGGGAACCGUGAUUCAUCGGCUAAAGACAAAUGGGUCGCUAUGAAUGAAUUUCUAAAACAACAGUGGUGGUCAAGGGAUGCAAUGCUGGUUGACCCUAAGCAGCAGUGGAAAAUAUUAGGCUCAACAAUCAUGGAUUCACAUAUUAACAUAUUGGUGCGGGUCGAUGGAAUGUGGGAUACUCUUGGCAAUUUUAGUUCAAAGUAUGACACUAUUAUUGAUGUCCAUAUCGAGACCUCUCUAAAAUCACUCAUGGACACUGUUAAAGCACACAUUGCAAUGGACUGGUCUCAAAAUGAAGUCCGUUUCUCUUACAUGGUUGCCUUGUGUCCACCGCCUAUCAUCAUAUCUGAUGAUGCUGAACUACUCUUCUACCUCAGGUUGAAGUCUUACCAAAACGACAUCUCAUACCUGCCAUUAUGCAUGGAGGUUCUACCUACUGUUACUGCAGGUGAUCUUUCUGCUCAAGACAUUUCAUCAUACCCACCUGUACCUGUUAGUAACACGGGUUACACUCCACAUAAUAUGGUGUGCACGGCCAACCUAACGGGGCAAAGCAAUCCGAAUAACCUGCAAACCUCAACCUCUAAUGUAAAAUCUGAUUCCUCGAAGAAUAUGAAGCAAACCAAGCGUACCAGACGUACCAGACAUAAUGCAAAAUCAGUGGACGUCCUUUCACACUAUCACCCGACCACUCUUCAACUUGACAGCAUUUAUAAGUCCAAGGAAGACUUAUGCCACCAUCUUCAAAUGUAUGCCGUCUCUAACAGCUUUCAGUAUAAGACAAAGAGGUCGAAUAGGACAGUGUUGCACGUUGUAUGUAUCUAUGACCGGUGUUCAUGGGCUGUGCGUGCUGUCAGGCUUGACAAUACUCCAUUAUUCCAGAUACGCAGGUUUGAUUCAUAUCAUUCAUGCCUUGUUGACUUCCGGGAAGGUGAUCACAGACAGGCAACAUCAGCAUUCUUAGCCGACCUGGUCCUACAUCGUUAUGUAGAUGCUACCAGGAAACAGUACCCCCCUAACGACAUACGGGACGAUAUGCGAUGGGAGUUUGGCAUUGCAAUGUCAUAUAGGAAAGCAUUACUCGUGAAACAGAAGGCAUUGAAGAAGUUGUAUGGCUCUGAUGAAGAAUCAUACCAGCUUCUACCAUCUCUUUGUUUUAUGCUGGAGACGAAGAACCCUGGAUCUUCUAUCCAUUUGUAUAGGUCUGAGGAUCAGAGAUUCAAAUAUUUGUUCUUUUCUUUAGCACCGUGGAGACAAGCAUGGAAUCAUUGUGCCCCAGUUCUCGUCAUUGACGGGACAUUCAUGAAAUCGUAUUACAAAGGAACACUAUUAACUGCCUGCUGCCAGGAUGCCAAUAAACAGCUUGUACCCAUUGCUUUUGGAAUAUGUGAGUCAGAAGAUAAGGACUCAUGGAUGUGGUUUCUUAGUCAAUUGAAAACCACACUGACCCCAAGGCAUGACCUUUAUAUUGUCUCUGACCGUCACGAGGGGAUCCUCCAUGCUGUUCAAAACAUUUUCCCAAACGCAGGUCAUGGGUUUUGUACUGAACACAUCGCCCGAAACUUGCGCGGUAAAUUCAAAGGUCCUAAAGAAGACUUAUCUUGGAAGUUUAGAAAAGCAUCACGUGCACCAACCGAGGUGGAGUGCGAGGAAUACCUCGAAAUGCUGGAUGAGCAAGACCAAAGAAUACGCUCAUACCUCUCCCAAAUUGGUGAAUCAAGAUGGGCACGCUGCAAAAGUGGUCCAUUCCGCUACUCUGUAAUGACGUCCAAUGCAGCAGAAUCAAUGAACAACGUUAACAACUCGGCACGUGAAUACCCCAUUUGCAAGCUAGUUGAUUUCAUUCGCGAAAGGAUGCAGAAAUGGUUUCACGAACGCUUUGAAACAGCCUCAUCUACAUCAACUAUUCUACCAAAGAAGCUUGAGUCGGAGUUAAUUACGUUACAACGUGAUGCAUUGAAGAUGAAGGUUAAGCCAUCAUGCCCAUACGAGUUUGAAGUUGUUGACCGGUGGAACCGAAUUUAUGUGGUUAACCUCAGAGACAAGUCUUGCACAUGUGGGGAAUUUUAAUUGGACCAUUUUGUAUGUGUCCAUGCUGUGGCAGCAAUAGGAACUCGUCCAGGACUAUCAUGUUAUAAUUUCAUCUCACCUUACUACAAACGCGAAGCAUUGGUAGCCACCUACAGCGGCAUUGUGCACCCAUUAGGAGACAAGUCUUCGUGGGACAUCCCGACUAAUGUCAAAUCACUCCUUUGCAAGCCCCCAUCAUGCACUAAGCGCCCUCCUGGAAGGCCAAAGAAGAGGAGGCUCCCGUCUGUGGGCGAAUUUCACUCCGGGAAAGGUCGGAAAAAACAAGAGUGCAAUCG